CAACGUGACAUUCAAAUUAAAGCCAACAAUCGUUUUAAAGAUGUUCAGACCUAAACUUUAUCAAACUUAAAAAUAAAAUAAAAACCCUUAUAUAUAGUAUUACCGUAUAUACCACUACAGAUUCCCAUGAACGGGUCAAGCAAGAUACAUAUAUCUCUCUCUUUUUGUAACUGCCAACUAGCUGUUUCCGAACAUAACUCACUUACGGAUCUUGUCUCUCUCGUUCUUGCAACAUCGCUAUGUUAGAUCCUUCAGCUAAAACCAACAGUCACCACUUGUGUUUCCCAAGUCUUCCCGAUGAUCACUCAGACUCCGGCGUCUGUUCUCCCACCCUGUGGAGUACAAGCCCACCGAGAAGUCAUCCUCGUCACCGGCCGGAAGAUUACUCUAGCCUUUCUCCGGAUUCAAAAGCUCAGGCUAUCGCUCGUGGACAACGGGAGCUUAUGGAGAUGGUUAGUAAGAUGCCCGAGUCGUGUUACGAGCUUUCCUUGAAGGAUAUUGUCGAAGCAAGGGGACACGAUGAGAAUGACAGGAAGAUCUUCGAUGAGUUGACUCAGAGAACAAGUAAGGUUGUGAGGAAGACGAAGAGUGGUAAGCGAGUUGAUCCGAGUCGAAACAGUGGUGGAAACAAUAGUGGGUUUCUUCUCAAAAUGAUGUUUCCGUUUAGCUUUGGAUCUAAGAAAGAUACGACCAAGAAGAAGAAGAAGAGAAAGGGGAAGGAUUCUGUGAAAGAUUCUCAGGUUUCACCGAGACCUUCGAUCUCGGUUGAGUCUGUUAAAACAGAGGACAGAGAUUGGUGGAAUAGAUUGUCUGAGUCUAGUGGAAGUGGGAGCACAAAGAGGAGUGGUAGUAGCAAUAGCAACAGCAGUAACAUCAUAAGGGAUAAAAAGAGUAGCUGCAUGUUGUCUUUCCUCUGGUGUGUACGUUCACGAUACUAAAACCAGUUUAAACUCGAUGUAUGGUGAGUGGUGACCCUUCUUGGCUAAAUAAAUCUUCCAAGAACAGAGGACAUGAUACCAGAGAACCUUUGAAUGUGCGGCUAUAAGAAGAGAACUUUUCUGAUGACACUCCUAAAUUUUGCUUUGUUUUUGUAAGCCUGUCUAUGGUUUUGGAUACCGUUUUAUUUGUGUAAUUAGAGUUUAAUGUGCACUGAUUAGUCUCUCAACUCAACUAUGGAAUUUUGAAUCCUUCAUGUACAGUAGUAUAUGUAGCUUAACUUUUU